CAGCUGAACAGACGGCAGCAGGAGGAGGAGCGGAGACGGUAAUCCCCCCCUCUGGACCCCACCCCUCUCCAAAAGCCAGAAUCUGGAAGCGCAAAAGGCGACGGGACGAGAACAAAACCUGUUCGAUCCUCAUGGACGCGUCUGUCAAAUUCAGAGGCUGAAGACGAUGACAAUGAUGGAGGUGGAGGAGGUGGUGGGGAGCGUUGAGGACUAAGACGUGGGAUGUGAACGUGGAACCGGACCCUGACUGUGGGAUCAGCAUCAGCACCGCUCGGCGGAUGGUGAGGAGGAUGAAGAUGAUGCCGCAGGGUGCCGCAUUGCCUGGCCGCCUUCAGUGAACCUCGCUGGCGGAACCGGGAUGCUGUCAUCAUUACCGACACCACGCCACCAGGACCAGAUCCACGUCAGGACGGGGAUUUAAGGCCUAGCAGAAACCUUCUGCGUGCGUUGAUCUGAUGGAUUUGUAGGAGCGGAACCGCAUCUGGGCCAGUUGAGGUGGAUUAGCGGGCGUCUGCAGCAGGCCUCCUUCUGAACACACUGCUCCUGCAGGGGAUCGAACCAUGACUCACUUACAGGCUGGCCUCUCCCCAGAGACUCUGGAGAAGGCCAAGUUGGAGCUGAAAGAAAACCCAGAGACGUUGCAUCAGGACAUCCAGGAGGUCCGGGACAUGAUCAUCACCCGGCCGGAUAUCGGCUUCCUCAGGACGGAUGACGCCUUCAUCCUCAGAUUCCUCCGCGCCAGGAAAUUCAACCACUUCGAGGCGUUCCGGCUCCUGGCACAGUACUUUGAGUACCGACAGCAGAACCUGGACAUGUUCAAGAACCUGAAGGCCACAGACCCUGGUAUCAAACAGGCCCUGAAGGAUGGCUUCCCAGGAGUGCUGGCUAACCUGGAUCGGUACGGCAGGAAAAUCCUGGUACUGUUCGCUGCCAACUGGGACCAGAGCAGGUACACAUUUGUUGACAUACUGCGAGCGAUCUUGCUGUCACUGGAGUCGAUGAUUGAAGAUCCAGAGCUCCAGGUCAACGGCUUCAUCCUCAUCAUUGACUGGAGCAACUUCACCUUCAAACAGGCAUCCAAACUGACUCCCAGCAUGCUGAGGUUGGCCAUCGAGGGGCUACAGGACAGUUUUCCAGCCAGAUUUGGAGGAAUCCACUUUGUGAACCAGCCGUGGUACAUCCACGCCCUGUAUACCGUCAUCCGGCCAUUCCUCAAAGACAAGACCCGGAAGAGGAUCUUCAUGCACGGGAACAACCUGAACAGCCUCCACCAGCUGAUCCACCCUGAGAUCUUGCCAUCAGAACUCGGUGGCAUGAUGCCGCCAUACGAUAUGGGUACGUGGGCACGAACUCUGCUGGACCACGCCUACGACGAGGAGACUGACUACUCUCCAGAGUCCUACACCCUGUCAGUCCAAGAUCUGGAAAGAGAUCUGGAGAAGAACAUUUCCCCAAAAACCAUGAAGAGAUCUCAGUCAGUGGUGGAGCCGGGCGUUCUGAAACGGCCAGAUAAAGUCAAGAGUGAAGAAGACAACAUGCAGCCGCUGCUGUCGCUGGACUAAAGUGCUCACACACAAACACCAACAACAGCAAGUGUUCCACAAACACACAGACUGACUUUACAAACUGUCAUCAGCUCGCUUGCUGCUGUGGAUUCCGCAUCUUUCUCUUGAACUAGAAGAAGCAGUCAGACUGUCUUCAUAAAUGAGACGGGAUGAUGUUUCCUCAGGCAGGAAGGCGUCCCGAGAGCUACUGGUGGUGUUCCAUAUUAUUUAUUUAGAUAUUUGUCAAGUGCCAAUUCCAAAAAAA